UGAUGGGUUGGGCUACUGGCUCUAGGCUUGAAGAAGUGUUUCUCGUGUUGUUAAGGGAAGAGUAAAGGUUGGCAUCUUUUGUGAGUGUUUUCUCUCGUUUAUGUGGGUUUACCGUUUUAGAAGAAAUUAAGUGUUGCCUUCAGUGUACUUUUAGUUAACAGUUUUCGGGUUUUUGUCGGAGAAUCUUUCCAAAGACGUGACAACGACUCGGGGAAGACGGCUCUGCUGGAUUCACUGAAUACCUUUUUUGUCGGUGUGCAGAAGACAGUAAUCCUCCAGGGACCCAUGCAACCUCAUUUUGGUCAGAUAAAAGCCUUGUGUAACAAGAAACUGCGUGUGUCAGGAUGGCCCAGUGGAACCAGUUACAGCAGCUGGAGACCAGGUAUUUGGAGCAACUAUACCACCUGUAUAGUGACAGCUUCCCUAUGGAGCUACGGCAGUUCCUCGCCCCCUGGAUUGAGAGUCAGGACUGGGCUUACGCUGCUAACAAGGAGUCACAUGCCACAUUGGUGUUCCACAACCUCUUGGGGGAAAUAGACCAGCAGUAUAGCCGCUUCCUGCAGGAGAACAAUGUCCUCUAUCAGCACAACCUGCGCAGGAUCAAACAGCACCUGCAGAGCAAAUAUCUGGAGAAGCCGAUGGACAUUGCCCGGAUUGUUGCUCGUUGUUUGUGGGAGGAGCAAAGGCUGCUGCAGACAGCCACCACUGUUUCACAGAACGGCCAGGCGGCCCAUCCCACUGGAACAAUAGUGACAGAGAAGCAGCAAGUUUUGGAGCACAACCUUCAAGACAUCAGGAAGCGGGUGCAGGACAUGGAACAGAAGAUGAAGAUGCUUGAAAACUUGCAAGAUGAUUUUGACUUUAAUUACAAAACCCUGAAAAGCCAAGGCGAGCUGUCCCAAGACCUAAACGGAAAUAGCCAGGCAGCUGCCACUCGACAGAAGAUGGUUCAGCUGGAGCAGAUGCUGACAGCCUUAGACCAGCUCAGGAGGCAAAUCGUGACAGAUGUGGGAGGCCUGCUGACUGCCAUGGAUUAUGUACAGAAGAAUCUAACUGAUGAGGAACUUGCAGAAUGGAAACGAAGGCAGCAAAUCGCCUGCAUUGGAGGCCCACCAAACAUCUGCCUCGAUCGUCUCGAAACAUGGAUCACAUCCUUAGCCGAGUCCCAGCUCCAGAUUCGUCAACAGAUCAAGAAGCUGGAGGAGCUUCAGCAGAAGGUGUCCUACAAAGGAGACCCCAUCAUUCAGCACCGGCCCGCCCUGGAGGAGAAGAUUGUGGAUCUGUUCAGGAACCUCAUGAAGAGUGCCUUUGUGGUUGAAAGGCAGCCGUGUAUGCCCAUGCACCCAGACAGACCCCUGGUCAUUAAAACAGGGGUGCAGUUCACAACUAAGGUCAGGCUACUGGUGAAGUUUCCUGAACUCAAUUACCAGCUCAAAAUUAAAGUCUGCAUUGACAAAGAAUCUGGUGACGUGGCUGCAAUUAGAGGAUCACGAAAGUUUAACAUCCUUGGUACCAACACAAAAGUCAUGAACAUGGAGGAAUCCAACAAUGGCAGCCUUUCUGCUGAGUUCAAACACUUGACCUUGCGGGAACAGAGAUGUGGUAACGGUGGCCGGACUAAUAGCGAUGCUUCUCUCAUUGUAACAGAGGAACUCCAUCUUAUCACCUUUGAGACAGAAGUCUACCACCAAGGCCUGAAGAUCGAUCUGGAGACUCAUUCCCUGCCUGUGGUGGUGAUUUCAAACAUCUGCCAGAUGCCCAAUGCCUGGGCUUCCAUCCUGUGGUACAACAUGCUCACCAAUCACCCAAAGAAUGUGAAUUUCUUCACCAAGCCUCCCGUGGGAACCUGGGACCAGGUGGCUGAGGUGUUGAGCUGGCAGUUCUCCUCAACCACCAAGAGAGGCCUGACCAUCGAGCAGCUCACCACACUGGCUGAGAAAUUACUUGGACCUUGUGUAAACUACUCCGGAUGCCAGAUAACAUGGGCCAAGUUCUGUAAGGAAAACAUGGCUGGCAAAGGCUUCUCCUUCUGGGUGUGGCUGGACAACAUCAUUGACCUGGUGAAGAAGUACAUCCUUGCUCUGUGGAAUGAAGGGUACAUCAUGGGUUUUAUCAGCAAGGAGAGAGAGAGGGCCAUUCUGAGUCCUAAACCUCCUGGCACUUUCCUGCUGCGCUUCAGCGAGAGCAGCAAGGAGGGGGGCAUCACGUUCACCUGGGUCGAGAAAGACAUCGGCGGGAAGACUCAGAUCCAGUCCGUGGAGCCAUACACCAAGCAGCAGCUCAGCAACAUGUCUUUCGCUGACAUCAUCAUGGGCUACAAGAUUAUGGAUGCCACCAAUAUUCUGGUUUCGCCUCUCGUUUAUCUCUAUCCCGAGAUUCCCAAAGAGGAGGCUUUUGGGAAAUACUGCAGGCCCGAAGCGGCUCAUGAACCUGAGGCAGGAGGAGACUCAACGAGCACUAUCCAGCCAUACCUAAAGACAAAGUUCAUCUGUGUCACCCCGUGUCCCUCCGUGUUCAUGGACUUGCCAGACAGUGAGCCGCUUGGGAGCGGAUUCCUUGGCACGAACUCUGGAAACACGAGUGACCUGUUCCUCAUGUCACCGCGCACCCUGGACUCGCUCGACUCCCUGAUGCCCAGUGAAGCUGAAGCCAACCAAGGACAUCUGGAUUCCCUCACUUUGAACAUGGAUGUAGCCUCUCCAAUGUGAAGACAAAACUUCCACCAUUUCUGUCCACUUGUUGGGAUCUGAGCGGCUCGUUUAUUCCUGUCUUCACACGGUCUCUGUACAGUUUCUUUUGUUUCUGUGUAAAUUUACCAAACAACAAACAGCAGUUGUCUCUAGAGUUUGACUCACUUUGUGCCCUAACUAUCUUUCUUCCUUUUCUUUUUAACAACUCUUAUCAUAUAUGCAAUAAAGUUUUAUUUUUUUGAGAAUAAACUGUGUGUGUAAUUGACAAUAAAUGGUUAUGUGAUUUUAUUAUUAUUAUUAUUAUUUUUUUUUAAAAGUAAAUGGUGUUUUUUGUAUAAGCUAUGUGCUGCUUGAGAGAGGCUGAUUUCUGUUUUACAGAACGUCCCUGCCAAAUGAAUAACAUCACAGUAGGAAAACUCUGUUGGUUGAAUUUAAACAUGUUUCUGGUUUUAGUUUACACAGAAUGGGUUUUUAAACUUUAUCCAGUAAAAGGAGAUGGGAGUAGAAGUAUUUCUGGUAAUUGGGUCAUUUUUUCCCCCCGUCAGCUCUCUUUCUUCCUGUUUUACGCCUUUGUUACUGUAAAUGUGUGGUUUUUCACUUGUAAAUUGCAACAAGGUCAUGUGAGUGAGACUGGCUUUUGAAACAGACCUUUUGAUGUUUGUUUUGCCUGUUUUUAACUCGUAUGAUCAGAUAUAAAAAUGUCAAAUAUCAAAUUA